GAGGCAGGGAGCUUUGGGGGUCUGGUCUGGUUCCUCCUGUUGGUCCAUGAACGAUGGAAGCGCGCCCCCGACACUUCAGGUGAUUGAGAGGGAAGCAGAGGAGCGGGACUCUGUUCUCGGUGCGUCGCGUUAGAAAACAGGAACAAUUGGAGGAAAAUGACUUGUGUGACGUCGCUUGGAGCGCACGCUUCACUGACAGCGUGUCUCCUCUUUGUUGCGGGAUGUGCUGCACAGAAAACCCAUGAUCAUCAUACCAGCCAUCUGAUUUCGAAAGAAAGCAGGAAGCAUACAAUUAAAGUAUACUUUGACUGCGGUGCCAAGGUGAAUUUGGUGGAUGUUCAGGGUCUCAUUUUGUCUCCUGGUUUCCCCUACAACUACUCCUCUGGGACUCACUGUGUUUGGCAGUUUGUCGUUCCUGUUGAUUACCAGCUUGUUUUGGAGAUAUUUGACUUUGAUGUGUUUGAAAGCCAUGACUCUGAACCUCAGUACUCUGCUUUCUCUAAUUUUGAAGAAGAAGCAGAGGAAACCCCUACCAGAUUAUCAGCUGAUGAAAGCUUGUCUGCAGCCGCAAAGCCUACACUUCAGACUGCAGGGGAUCUCUCAAAGACUCAACGAUCUUCCCAAGAUGGUGUUCUCAAUCAAGUUAUGGUCCAGGAACAGUCUACAAAAAUGGGGAUUGCCAAAGUCUCAAAUUCUGCCAAAAGAUCGGCAGAUCCAUCCUCUAGUCAGUCUUCAUCACUCCCGACUUCCCAUUUCCUAUCUCUUGCUGUGCCCUCUGCAGACAAUGUCAUCAACUCUGCCUCUGCUUCUCUCUUAAGUGAAGAUCUCAAUCCUAGUUUGAACCCAAACACAGUUAUGGAAGAGACCACCUUUGGUUCACCACCCUCCACAGAUACUUCUACUGUGAGUCCUGAAACUCAACAGUUCAUCCUUGACGCCUGCCCUCACGAUGUCCUCUACAUUUCGGACCUCAUCACCUUUUCCUCCAGGUUCUGUGGGUCCAACCGGCCUCCCAGCAGCCAGCUGGUUUUUGGCUCAAGCCAAGAGAUGGUGGAGGUCAUCAUGGAGCUCAUCACAACCACCCACUGGGGACGCGGAUUUGCUCUUCUUUUCCACUACCACAACUUGACCGAGCCAGGAGGGGAUGAACGAGCUGCGUUUCCAUCAGGCAGCAAGGUGGACUCCCUCCUUGCUGCUGUGAGCGGAGCCGCCUUCUUCGCUUUGAUACUUAUGAGUGUUCUCUGCAUCAUUUUCAGACCCCAGCUGUGUCCAAAAAGAGCCAGUUCCUGCACAUCAAGCAACUCUGAGGUUGAAGAGCAAGUCCAAAGCACUGCUGCUGAGAUCAGCGAGCUCCAGCUAAUGGCUGAGAAUCAGGCUGGUCCAGAGAUGACUAUAGAGCAGGACAACAGCAGCCAACCACGUGCAGUCGCUGAUGAUGGUGAUGGGUCCCAGAAUGCAGAAGUGGACCUUUCCUGCAGUGGUUUGACUGAACUUGAUAUUGAUGCAGAUGAGGUUUUCAUUGUAUCAUCAGCUGGUAGCCCAGGACGGCUGCCCUUCUAUCCUCAUGCUCAGCGAGAGAGGUUUCUGCGACUCAGUGACACCGGCCCUGGUCCUUCAUGCCACUGGCCCUCACCAGACCCCGACACCUCCCCUACUGCUCCAAGAUCCUUUAAAGAAAGUACCUUCUCAAGGCCGAGAGCUUGGAGCGUACGCACCUUUCAGGACUUCCUUGCACCCCUGCCGCAGCUUCACAAAAAGUGGUGCAGCUGGAACUCCACCAGUCCCUUUACCAAGCUGGUGGACAACGUACCAUCCAGUUUGGUCCCUGACCAAACAGGAGGCAACAGCAGGAAGGUGUUCUCUGAUGCUCACCUGGAGGCCCAAGCAGACACCAGGAUCAUCUGUGACUCCUUCAGCAACGCCUCCUAUCCCCUCACGCAGCCCGCACAAAGGCAGCGCCGCCUCAACUCCACCAGCAACCUGCGGCGCUCUCGAUUCACAGGACCUUGUUUUGGUCUUCUCUCUGAGACAAAAGAUCCACUGAAGGGGUGCAGUGUCCCCCCGGGCUGCCCCUCAGAUCCCAGGCCUGGCUCCUCCUCCUCCACUCAGUGCCACAUUGAGAGCGGGCCGGCUGGAAAGAGGCAGGAAUUCCCAGGUGAGGAUGACCACAUUAGCGUGCCAGUAUUUGCCAUCUCCGAGGAGGAGGACCGGCAGCCACUGGUCUCAGCUCAACACCUAGACCAGACCGUUGCUUCAACUGUGCAGAAUGGACUGGUCAAGGCGAAAUAUGAGAAUAAAAGGCCUUCUGCUGGUGGCAUCAGCCCCAAGAGGGCCAGGCCAGAGUGGAGGCCAUGGGGGAGUCAGGUGUCAGGAGGGGCUGCUCCACAAGCUUCAGGUGCAUUUACUGAGUCAAAUGCGCUAAAUACCAGCCAGCCCUCUGUGAGGCUGUCCACAGGGCUGUGCUCUGUGACACCCCACUUGUGACAAGCUUGUGAAGAGCAGAGACUGUGCUGCACCAUUUUGGUCUUUCUGAACUCGGAUUAGUGGCUCUAUAAAUAACCUCCUUUAUUUUCUGAAAUCAACUUCUACACACAUUAUAUUUCACAGCCUUCUGUGGGCAUUUUUUUCCCAGUUUGCAUAAAAAUGCUCUUGGACAAAGCUGUUCACUAUAGCAAAGCACUGGCUUGUUGCAAGCAUGAACCUUUCUGCUCUUCAUCUGGGAGUGUUGAUUUAUGCUGCUUGGGCCAGCUUUCUGCCUUUUUGUGGCUCUCUACGUGGUCAUUUCUUUGGUGCAGAGCAAUUUAAUAAUUAUGCAGUUGCUUUUUACCCACAAGUAUUAUGUAGGAUGUAGAUAAUUCAUUUAUACCACUGUUACAUCAGUGCAUGCAUACUCCUAAGCCUGAUAAUGGAUUCUAAAAGGGAAAUUGAAAUACCAUAUAAUACCAUAUAAAGUAAGAAUAGAAUAGUAACAAUAGAAACCAUUAUAAACCAGAGCAGUAGAACUGACACUAGCACUUAAACUGAGUUGUUUAUAUAUAAAUAAAGGUUUAAUAAACA